GGUGAGGAUUUAUAAAAAAGCGCUAUUUUAAAUAAAUAAUGAACAAAGCAAAGCCCAAAAAUAAUUUCGAGGCAUCCAAAAGAUGGGGCUACACCGAAACUCGCCACCUCCUUGACUAUUUGCUUAUGCAUCCUGAAAUAGAGAAACCCACUGCAAGCACAUACUACAAAAAGUUAAUAACUGCGACCAAGAUUAAGGUAGAUCCAAUACGCUGGGACCUAAUCAAAGCCAAGGUACGCCAGCUCAAGGAUUUAUAUUUUAAGACUGAGAAUUGGAUAAGACUGAUGUCCACGAAUGGCUCAAAUGAUGAUGCUUAUGAUGAUUUAAAUCAGCUUGAGAUUGAUGUGCAGGUUAAGAAAAUGUGUCCACACUUCUCUUUACUUGAAAAACUAUUUGCCAAUGAGCUCUUCACAGUUGAUGCUGAAACUGUAUCCGAGGGCGAUUCGUUAUUAACGCCUGUAAAACAAAAAAAAGAAGUAAUAGCAACGUUAAGCAGUCCAUCUAUAAACCAGUACUAUGAAAAUAUAGGAGCAACACCACAACGCCUCCAGAAUGAAGUUCCAGUGCAGGAAACAGAAAAAGCACUGCUCCGACUUGAAUGGAAGCGCUUACAAUUUGAACGUUAUAAGUUCAAUAAGCUAUAUGAAAUAAAGAAACAGGAAAUUGAGCGUAACUAUGAGCUAGAGAAGUUGGAGUUGGCGCAGGCGGCUCGUAAACAUAGAUUUUCUGUUGGAAUUCUAAAUAAAUCUGUUUCAAACAAUGAUGACAAUGAUCCGUUGGAAUAAAGCAUGCGUGCAUCAAGUAAA